CGGCCUUUCAAAGCUCACUUUCUUAAACUUAUCUUUUUAAAAAAAAAAUCAUGUUUGGUGUAAUUAAGUCCAUCCCCAGAGGCGCAAGCCGUAUGCCUUUGACUGCCAAGAAGGGACACAACUUUUAUAAAGGUACUGGAUCUGGUGCCAUGGGUAGACAUACCAAGAAUGGUGGAUAUUUAGUUGACUGGAACAAGGUCAGAACUUUUGUUGUUCCUGAUCUUGAGAACUUUGCUCUUGGACCUUAUGUUUCUCGCAAAACUCCUGUCGCUUUCAAAAAAACCACCAACACCAACACCACCACCACCGCUUAAAAAAUCAACCCUACCACCAAUAGAUUUAUUACCCUCCUUCUUCCCAACAAAAAUUGUGUAUAGUACCCAAAACAAUAAAAAAUAAAAAACGUAUUGCAGAACAAUAUAAAAACGUA